CUCUGACUUGGUUCCUGAAGAAGGUUCUCUUCCUUGAUGCCAGACACCAGUCAGCUAAGAAUGCAAUGAUCAUCUGGAUUUGACUGGCAAAGCUGCAGUCUAGGCCAGACUUCCUUGGAUGUCCCAGUUAAUUCAGAUUCUUCAGUUGUGGAGCUGUACUGUUGGGACCAUGAGUUGGAAAAAUCAAGACAAUAUUCUUACCAGAAGAAAGAUGGCAGAAACCAGUUCUCCCACAAAUAUCAAGGAAAAGAUUAAUGCAAUCCGAUCAGUUGUUCCAAACAAAAGCAAUAACGAGAUUGUUUUAGUGUUGCAGCAGUUCGAUAACAACGUAGACAAAGCUGUUCAAGCUUUUAUGGAUGGUAGUGCAAUUCAGGUUCUGAAAGAAUGGAAUUUGACAGGGAAAAAGAAGAACAACAGGAGAAAAAGAAGCAAAUCUAAACAGCACCAAGGCAAUAAAGAUCCUAAAGAUAAGAAUGAUGGACCUGAGAAGGUUUCUCAGGAACCCCGGGGAAUACAUGGCUGCCACCUGAAUGGAUGCUAUAAGGACAACUCCUGCAAUGAUUCUGCCGAUGAGAAAUUGGAAGCCACUUGUCUUAAGAAUAAAGGCGCAAUAUUUGUAGAGUCAGCACCAGUCUGUCCAGAAAUCACAGACAAAGAACAUCAGAGAAUAUCCAUGGAAUUAAACCCAAAGUCUGUGAAUGGAGCAGAACAGUGCGAGUCUCCUCAGUCAUCAGUUCAACUUCAGUGUAAUCCAGGCAGGCCAAAGUCAAAGUCUUCCUCAGUUAAAUCAUCCAACUCUACAACCCACCUUGAAACAAAGCCGGAUGAUUCAAUGAAAAAGAGAGGGCCAAACAUUGAAAAAUCAUUGAAAGAUUUGCAGCGCUGCACUGUUUCUCUAACCAGAUACCGCAUGAUGAUCAAAGAGGAAGCAGAUAAUUCAGUGAAGAAGAUUAAAGCUGCGUUUGCAGAAUUACAUGGCUGCAUCAUAGACAGAGAAGUGUCAUUAAUGGCAGAACUUGAUAAAGUUAAAGAAGAAGCCAUGGAAAUCCUGACUGCUCGGCAGAAGAAAGCUGAGGAGCUGAAGAGACUGACAGACCUAGCCAGUCAGAUGACUGAGGCACAACUGUCUGAACUCAGGGCCGAAAUUAAGCACUUUGUAAGUGAACGGAAAUAUGAUGAAGAGCUGGGCAGGUCUGCCCGAUUUUCCUGUGAUACAGAGCAGCUGAAGACCCAAAUUCAGCUGUGUGGAGAGAUUUCUCGCCCAAAGAACAAUUAUUCCUCAAGAACACCGUGUAGUUUGGUGCUGUCUUCAAUGACUUCACAAGCAAUAACUUGCAAGCAAAAUAUACACACUCGAAAAUCCUCUAAUAAUGCCAAGAACUCUGAUAAUAGAGCAGCCAGCACUAAAGUUCAAAGUAAUCUUUCUUCCAAUCCUACAGAAUCCUCUCCCCAAGGAAUCCCAACAAAUAAGCAGAAUGGGCCUUCUAGCCAGAGGCGAAGAUUCAACCCUCAGCAUCAAAACACUCGACUCAAUGGAUCUCAUAAGUCACAAGCCACCAGUAAUGAGGCAGAUCCAAGUAAUGUAAAGAGUGGUUCCAGGUCUGAACACAGAAGACAGCAGCAUAACAGCUUCAGACCUAAAAACAAAGGAGCUAUGAAAAAUCAAGAGCAGUCCACAACUACAAGGACCACAGAGAAUCUGACACAAACCGAUGGAAAGCCUCAAAACCGACGGAAGCAUCAUAUAGCAGACACCACAGAUCACAGGCCCUUCCGAGGCAGUGUUGGCAGGGUGUCGCAGUGCAAUUUAUGCCCUGCAAGGAUAGAGGUCUCUGCCGAUGCCACUGUUCUUUCAGUGCCAGCUGUGACUUUGGUGGCUUAAAAUGUCACAGUGAAGGCAGGCAGAGAAAUUUAAUCUCUUAAUUUUAGUUUACUGCUCAAAAUGCUUUUUGAAACAGUGAAGAAAAUAAGUCAGAACACAGUCAUUUUAAAUCUGUUGCUGCUUAAAACUUGAUAUCUUUAUUACUUACUAAUUAUCAACAUUAAUUCAUACUUUCAAGGCUUUGCCCAAUAUGCUCAGAGUUAUUUUGUCAUAACAGUACAGAAUUUUACCAAAGCAGCAUUUACUUUUUAGAAGAAUGAAAUCUAGAUUGAAAAAAUAAAUUGAAGAUUAAAUUCACAAUAGGAAAAGACCUGUUGUAGAUACAUGGUUAUGCCAGAAAAAGUUAUUGUUUUUUAGAGCAACCAGUGUUAGGAAAGAUCUCAAGAAGUUUGCAUGCUCUGGUCUGCAAUGAAAUCAAAUAAUCUUUUAGAAUUUUUGUGAAAAAAAAUCUAUACACCUUUCUGUGUUUGUAUAUGUGUGUGUGUAUAUAUAUACACAUGCAUACAUACAUGAGCACACACACUGUAUACACACAGCAUUGUUACAUACAAGAAAAUUUGAAAAAGUAAUACAUUUGAUUUUUUGCUUAUUAUUCCAUAACCUGAGAUCUUUAAAUUCAAGUAUAAAUUCUAUUAAAUAUACUACAUAUUGGUAUUUUUCAUUGACAAACUAUUUUUAUGAGGCUGAGAAAAAUGCUCAGUUCUUAAGUUUGGAAUGUAUAUAGUCAUGGCUAUUGAGAUGCACAACCCUGCUUUCCAUCCUUAUCAGUCACUUUUCUAUGGCUGGUUGGAUUUUUUUUUUUUUUUUUUUUUGCAUAUGAGAAGUUGCAGGUGUUCUAGACUUGAAUUCAAAUUAUUUUUCUAUAUUUUUGCUGUAGGAACCAUCUGUCCUAUACAAGAGCUAUGACUCUAAUAUAAUUGCUUACAGCAACAUUCAGCAGAACGUGGAGGUACAUAUUUGAGCAGAUACCACAUUCUUCUGAGUUUUCUAUUAAAAUAAAAAACUUAGUGUUAAUGUCUGAUUCUGUAUUUCAGAAAACUUGUUUCUUUCAAAAAAUUAAAAUCUCCUUUAUAAAAUAAUACGGUGUUUGCUGCUUUGCAGUAACUAACCACUUGCAAUCUUACUCGAUCUCUAGUCACUUAAUUCAGUGGUUAUCAGUGGGUGGCUUUCAGCUGAGUUUGGAUUGGCUAGGCAUUUGCUUUUAGCUAAAUGCUACUACCACAAGAGCACAGAACAGCACCUUCCUACAUAAGAGCCCCUGGAUGUAUUUGUAAUAUGAGUUAUUACUUAAUAUAGUAAAGUGUCAGAAUCCAGACCUGGCAUCAUGUGAACUAGAGGCCUGGGGAUUAGAAUCACAAAGAUCUUUAAGGUCUUUCCCACUGUGGUCAAUAAGAGUAGAAGACUUGAAGUUUGUUCCUAGGUAUUUCUUUGCUAUUGCUCUUUGCCAUUUUCCUCUGCCUGAUUUCUGUUAGCUGACUGCACGCUUCCUUAGUACUGACUGUUCUACUUGUCCUGUGCAGCACUCAAAAAACUAACUCAAAGUGUAAAGUGAGGCCCAUUCCUUAUGGACAGUUUUGCUUAUUUUUGUUUGUUUCUUGAUACCUAUAAAGUUUUUCACAUGUGGAUAUUGGUAGCAUAUGGUACUAGAAGACAAAUGUGUCAUCUUCAUCUGGAACUCUAGUGGAAGAUAAUCAAAAGUGCAUAGGUAAAUAUUGGGUUUCUUAGUAUUACAGGCACUACUUCUACAAGGUCGAUCAUGAGGAUUUUGGACUGAAUGUUUUGAGUAUAUGGAAUGGGAAGUUAUAGAAUCCAGGAGCUGAAGUGUGUUGUGCACACCCAUCAGAAGGGUAGCUUUUCCAAAAUUUGUCCAGGGUCUCUCAGUAAGGGAUGCAAUUAUAAAUUCCAUGCAGAUAUUACACAGGAAGCUUGUUAUAUUGUGCUUAAAUAAUUGUCAAACUUCUUUUACGAAGAGAUUUUUUUCUUCCCCAGGGAAAAAAAGUCUAGAUUAUCUACAGUGAGUUUUACUCCUUCCUUGAAGUUCUUCCACAUAACAGGAUUACUGGAAAUUGUUUUAUUCCGUAAGUCUACUUCCUCACAAACAAGCUUUUGCAAAAUAAAUAAAAUCUGUAACGUAAAUCAUAACUCAGCGCAACAGGACUACUGCUAAGUACCAGCUAUCCUUUGAUGUGCUACAGGCUCAAUAUCCAACAGAUCCAGGACUAACAGGUGAGAGGCAGCAUUUCUCUUCAGUGUGCUGCAGACACAUCUGUGUGGGUUUGGUGCGGCUUGGAACACAUCAGGCUGAGCGCUCCAGGUGUGUUUUUAUAUUGGAAUACAUAUUUUAACUAUGUUACUUGGCUGGGCUCUGAAACCUAGUUUUGUCCAAACAGUAUCCUGUAUCUUUCAGUUCUUGUGUUGCUGUACCCUUUGACUUGUGUCUGCGAGUUUCUAGGAGCUUUUUACUGCUCACAAUACUUGUAAUUAAUUGGAUGCUCUUGUGCUUGUCUUCAACAGAAGUGAUUUUUAUCUUCUAAUAACAGAGCCAGCUAUGUGUGGUACUCCUCUUCAUGUGAGAGAUUCCUGCAGGAGUCAGUGAGGGAAUUCUUAAGGGCAGGACAGAGCUUGACUUUCAGCUUUUCAGGCCAGCAAGUGCAAAAAGACCCCAAUUUGUAAAGCAAACAAAGCUGUUUAGAAUUGCUCAGACACAAACAUGAAACCACACACUGUCUUUUGUACACUCUUGAAAGAGGAAACACACCUUAAAGAGCAGUAUUUUGAAGCAGUUUGGAUUCAUUUCUCUCUUGUGUGAGAUUAAAUUGAGGCUAAGGGCAGAGCUCAGCAUAAGGAAGGACCAGAUAGGCAGUUAGAAAAGUAACAUUGUUAACAUAACCAAACUACUUGGAAACCUUAAAUUACUUAGGCAUGUUUGAGGG